AAGAAAAACAGUGGAUCAAAUGCGAAGACCAUAACAUCUUCACAAUAAGAUGCUUUACUGAAUACCUACGAAGUUAUAGCUUUCAUCUUCUCACUCAUCACAAUGCCGUGGCAUAAAGGACGACGGCGCAAUGAUUCUAAAGAAUCUGAGGAAACAAAAGGAAGGACAGAGCCGGUAACAGAAGAGCCUGCUGCGUGUGAGCCAAAUGGGGGCGCAUGUGGAACGUCUGCUGAUGAAGUAGGAGAUGGUAAUUUAAAGAGCGUCAAGCGAGACCAGAGAGGCCGAAUCAGAACAAAACAUUGGAGGGAUAAGAAAGAAGGAUUUAAGGGUCAAUAUCGCUGCAAAGAAGGGGCUGGUAAAGACACUGCCGCUCAUCAAGGAGGAGCACGAAAGAAAACAGGAACUGGAAAGCAGUUUUCGCCUCCAAAUAAAGCGACUGGUCCUUCAGCCGAUACGAUACCGCCAAAAUAUGCAGAAGAUGAGGAAAAGGAAGGAAUCGAGUUCGGAUGGUCAGAGGAAAAAGCCUCAGUACUGUUCACGAAAAUUACGACAAAUGCCAGUCUAAAACAUAGACAAGUUGAAUUUCACGUCGAUUACGCCAAGGAAAGCUACGAAAGGUUGAUUCAAAACGCAUGA